AGAUGUAACACCAAAGUAGCUUCCGGUCUGCCGGGACACGUCACUUUUUGAGCCUUGCAAGUCUGUCCGCCAGCUCUGUGUUGCCAAAUUAAACCCCAAAACAUGUCUAACUCCGUCAUAUCGGUCAUUUCUCGGUUUCUGGAGGAAUACACGACCACGACUCCCAACAAGCUGAAGGUGGUGGACGCAUACCUGCUGUAUAUCCUGUUAACCGGAGCGCUGCAGUUCCUGUACUGCCUGCUCGUUGGUACCUUCCCAUUCAAUAGCUUUCUGUCGGGCUUCAUCUCGUGCGUGGGCUCUUUCAUCCUAGCAGUAUGUCUCCGAAUCCAGAUCAACCCUCAGAACAAAGGAGACUUCCUGUCCAUCUCCCCAGAACGAGCCUUCGCUGACUUCCUAUUCGCUCACACCGUCCUGCACCUCGUCGUGAUGAACUUCAUUGGCUAAAACAAAGAACCGAUGCCUCUUCAGUUUCCCCCCCCAAGAUGACAACAAAAUGAAGAUUUUUUUAUAUCUGGAAAACUCCCCUGAAAGACUCGACGCUUCAUCUGUUCAUCUGGAUGGAAAACUCUCACUUACACAAAAAGAGAUUCAACACUUUUGUUUUUUUUCUGUCAAAAUUUCUAAAUCAUUCCGUCUUUGUAUUGAUUCAGAAAUAAAAAGGACUGUAAUGAGAUUUUUUUUUAUUGGAAA